AUGAAUGUUGAUGGUAAUGAUAGAUUUAUAUUUAAGAUUAGUGUUAGAUGUUAUAAUUCAUUGUUGAUGUGUUUAUCGAGGUUCUUAAUGGUUGAUGAUAUGAAAUGUGUGUUUUUAGAAAUGUUGGAUGGAAUUAUGCCGAAUAUACAUACGUAUAAUACUAUGGUGAAUGGGUAUUGUAAGUUAUGUAAAGUUGAUGUGGUUGGUUUAUAUGUGAGUAAGAUUAUGCAAACUGGGCUUAAACCCGAUACACAUAUUUAUACGUCAAUUAUUGUAGGACAUUGUAGGAAUAAAGAUGUUGAUAGUGCGUGGAAGGUUUUUGAUGUGAUGCCUAAGAAAGGGUGCAAGAGAAACGAGGUUUCGUAUACGACUUUAAUUCAUGGGCUUUGUGAAGAAAUGCGUAUUAAUGAAGCGCUAGAGCUAUUUCAUCAAAUGGGUGAUGAUAAGUGCUUUCCGAAAGUUUGUACGUUUACUGUUUUGAUUUCUGAUUUAAGUAAGUUAGGUAGAAUGGCAGAAGCAUGGGAUUUGUUUAUUGAGAUGUGUGUGAGAGGCUGUGAGCCGAAUGCUCACACAUACACGGUUUUGAUUGAUGGAUUGUGUGAAGAGAGAAAGAUGCAUGAAGUGAGAAAUUUGUUAGAUGUGAUGUAA